AAGGUCCAGCUGAGGAGAGCAGGUUGUGGAAGGCGGUGGCUUCUUUUACUGUUGCCAAAGCAUAAGGUUGGUGUGUCGUCAUGUGGCGGGGGGAGCAUGGUCCACAGGCUUUCCAGGCCCCUGUCGAUGUUCACGCCAGCGCAGACGGCCAGGUGUACAUGUUCCGGAGGAGACCCAACGAGUUAGCUCUGUCCUCGGACGACGAGGAUCUCAGUGUUUUGGAGACGAGGCAGAUGAAUCAAGACAAACUGAGGAAUGUCCAGCUGCUCGAGCGCAAGGUUUUAGAUGGUGAUAAUCUCAACAAGCUUGCACUACAAUAUGGCUGUAAGGUGGCUGAUUUAAAGCAGAUAAACAACCUCAUACAGGAUCAAGAUCUUUUUGCACUCAAAUAUAUCAAAAUCCCAGUUCAGAAGCACAGUUUAUUGAGAGAAACGUUCUCAGACCUGCAUCACCCUCCAGAGGACGAGCCUUGUUCACCUCCGUCACCUGGGAGGCCUCACGACCGAGCUCGAGGUCAGCCACACCUGCAGGAGGUCACAGACUUUCUCAUGGAGGUGGAUAGUGAGAUCGACAAACUGAUUCUGACAUCUGAACACGAUGAGGCUUUCCUGAAGAACUCUGAGAAACCUCAAGGGUUUGGUUUCCGACAGCGGCGUCCAAAAGGGAACGGAGCCGACUGGGGGAUCCAGUGGUGGAACGCUGUAGUUGCUAUGCUCCUGAUAGGUAUUGUCUUGCCCAUAUUUUAUAUAAUUUAUUUCAAAACUAAAGAUAACGGAGUAGUAGUUUCACCAACAGAUGCUAAUGAACCAUCUUCAUCAAUCCCCUCAAAUGCACCGAGGUCAGAGAGCUGAAGUUUGUUAUGACCCGAGCGUUUUCAGAGUCCAGGUGGAAGCAGGUCACAGA